UUGCCAGAGUUGGUUGGUGCGUAAAGUUAGCUGGAGUAGGACCGGAAACGACUUCACAUGUCAAAACAAAAGCGUUAUAGAUGCUGUUUUGGAAAAGAAAAACUGCGCAAUUGGCUGAAAAUAUGAAGAACCGAUAGGAUCGUGUGAUAAACUACACUGCGAGAAAUGAACCGUAAAGCACGCUCACAGCCACUUGUCGUUAAAGUUAAAGUUAAACAGCUUGACCGGAAGUUGGUACCAACACAUUGAUAACUUAGUAACUCGACAGUAGCUGAAACUUGCUGCCCUCCCCCUCGGCCACUCUAUACGUCCUUUACCCAUCCGUUCAGCUAUUCGUUGUUGUUGUUGGAGCGGUGAUGGAGAAGUUGGGGGACCGCUGCCGGCGCCGGUAAGCUAGUAACGACUCACCGGCUAAUGCACCGAGAGAGAGAGGGAAAGAAGAAAACAACAGAUAACGGAGCAGAGAAUGGAGACGGUUGAGCAGCUCGUCUCUUUCCACCACAUUCAGGUCCAGCUGAGCGGGGGCGCGCCUUGGGGGUUCACGCUGAAAGGAGGACUGGAGCAUGGCGAGCCACUCAUCAUCACAAAAAUUGAGGAUGGAGGAAAGGCGGCCCUGUGCAAGGAACUAAAAGUGGGUGACGAGCUCAUUAACAUAAAUGGAUCCGCCCUCUACGGCAGCAGACAGGAAGCCCUCAUCCUCAUCAAAGGAUCCUACAGGAUACUGAAGGUCACAGUCAGGAGGCGCAGCGUUCCUCUCAUCAGGCCUCACUCCUGGCACCUGGCAAAGCUAUCGGAGCCGCCCUUCCCUCCCCCUCCCCCUCCUCCGGACUCCCCUCCUCUCCCCCCUCCUCCGCCUCAGCCUGCCAUGCAGCUCCACCCCGGCCCCUACACAUUACCCUGGCACACAACCGACAACAGUGACUUGUCCAUGCAGUGGGGUCAGCUGUCAAGACCUUACUCCUCCACUGACCAAAGCAGUUCCCUAGGUUCCAUGGAGAGCCUGGACACACCGACACCUACCACGCAGCCGUACUCCGACUCCCAGAAUUCACCUGUCGACCCCACCCUCUUUAACAACAAGAGAGACUCUGCCUACAGCUCCUUUUCUGCCAGCUCAAACACGUCUGACUACGCAACAGUGCCGCCACGGCCUGGCGAAACCUGCUCGAUGGAUAACCUCCUCCAGAGCCUUGGCCCAGCUUGUCAAGCCUACCCUGGUGGCGAUACCUCAUCUCUACGGAGUUCAUCUGGCGAGGUCCGAGAUGGGGCGCAGCUUAUUGUACACAAAUCCAGGUCGCUGACUAGGCCGAGACCGAAGCCUGUUGAGGUAAAAGAGAGGCCUUCUUCCUGCUGUUAUGAGGAGGAGCGGAGGGGAGGAGACUUUGAGAUUGUAAGAAAUGGAGUAGGAGGAACACAGAGAAAGAUGAACCCUCCUCAACCUCCAACCAGGAAGGAUAGUUUUAGGGCAACCCGGAGUUGCCCCAGUACUGUCAACACGCGUUGCUCUUCUGCUCCUGUUGAUAUUUCCGGUGUUUCUUCUAACUGUGAUGAAAAUAAGCCCUCUCUAAAUGUGGAAUCAGGAAUUCACAAUGGCUUCUCUACACCAGAGAGAGCUGACACAACUGGGAAUUUCAAAGAGGGUACCUUAGACUCACACUGUAUCCAAAGACAGACUAAAGAUACUGAAAGAAAUAUCAGAUGUGACACUAGUGCUAAUAAAGACUGCAAUUCAGAACCCAAUUCAGAUCCCCUUUCUGACCAGGUGACAGCCUCUCUUGUCCCCAUCACCUCUUCUCAUCCUGACUUCCUGCCUGCAGAAUUCUCCACAGAGGUUCAAGGGCUGCCUCAUACACAUUCCCAGACCCAGCACUCUUCUACAGGGCUGCACCGUCACAGCGCUCCAGAGAAGCUUCUUGCAGGACAAUUUCAGUUACUGCAGUUUAACAGUGACAGCUCUUCAUUGGAACCUUGCCAUCUUUCAAACCCUCCUGAUUCUUCCUUCUCCACUUGUAGCAACCAGCUGUCCCAUUCAUCACUGCAGCCUGCGAGGAAAGAUCAAAAUGAUUCUCACAACCAAAUGUAUUCCCCAUCAAACAAACUGGGAGGCAGCUUUUGCUCAACCUCAGGAUCUGUGUUCCUGGAAGGGGAUGGUGAUGAUGGAAAUUCAAGUGAGAGACACGAAGGGGUGGGUGUAAAUGGUCGGUCACUCUCUCCAAUUCGGCAUCACCGCCACUGGGGCCGCUCUGCGAGUGUACCAGAAGACCCCACUGGAUCAUCAACCCAGGUAAGGUUGAGCUCUAAUCAGAUACAGGACAGAGAUUUUGAACCUCUUAGUGCUGCUUCCAGUAUGGAUACUUUGGUGGAGGAGCAGAGAGCAGCGGACAGAGAUAAAAGUGGAGGGAAAAUAGUGGAGGAUGUAGAAGGAGAUGCAGGCACGAAGAAGUCACCCUCAUCCAGGAACCACAGACGGAACCGUCGUCGCAGCGAGCGAUUUGCUACCAAUCUUCGCAAUGAGAUCCAGAGGAAAAAGGCCCAGCUUCAGAGGAGUCACGGCCCCGGGGGGUUGCUGUGUAGUGGAGAAACUGUCCAGGAGGAGGAAGGUCCAGACUUCUGUGAGGAGGGGCCUAAUUCCAACCUGCCGCUCCAGGAAAGGAGUACCAAAGUUGCAUUUGCCUCACCUGUAAGUUCCCAAGAUUUCCAGACCACAGCACCAUUGGAGAAGUUAAACACCUCAAGUGAAUCAAACCAUGUUGGUUUGGACACUCAGCCUCAAUCAACAGUGUACACUGAAAACACUAACCUGUCCAGGUCCAUUCAGAUUCUGGACCCAGGCAUGCCCGCUUUUGGUGUCGGUAUUCGAGUUGUGGAGGAACCAGCUCCUGCUGGAAAAGCCCGCCGCUGGCGCUGGACUCCUGAACAUAAACUCCAACCAGAAUCUGGAGCAGACCAACAGUUCAGAGUCUUGGGUGAGAAGGUGUUAGGCGUCACAGGGUCACGACAUGGGGUUUGUGCCUUCACCUCUUCAUCCACCUCUUCUUGCAGUUGCUCUUCUUCAUUUUCUCGGACGGAGGAGUCUGAUAUUCUUCCAUUUGCAGAUAGGAUGAAGUUUUUUGAGGAGACAAGCAAGGGCAUGUCUGGGACAAAUGUUUCAAGCCUGUCAAGCCGCAGGCAGAAGAAACACCCGAAUAACACUCUGGAGACCAGGAGGCAGUCUGCGAAUACUAACAUGGUGAAGCAGAAAGAGAAGGAGAGGGAACAAGCGAGGGAGAUGGAAGGGAGGGCAAGGGAACAAGAAAGAGAAGAAAGGUUGAGAGAAAUAGAGAGGCAGCAGGAGAAGGAAAAACAAGAGAGGGAGCUGGAAAUGGAGAGGGCAAGGCUGAGGGAGAUUCAGCAAGAGAGGGAACAAGAGGAGAGGGUGAAACAGUGGGAAAGAGAAAGAGAGAGGGAGCUUGAGUUGGAGAGAGAAAAGGUGAUGGAGAAGGCCAGAGAGAUGGAACGGCUCAACAAAGAAAGAGAUGAAGGGCUUGAGAGAGAAAGAGAGAAAGAAAGGGAAGAAGAUACUCAGCUCGUCUCACAUCAGGAGUUUUAUGCCAAUUCUGGCAUCAGAGAAAAGCAUCAAGACUUCCAACAUAAGGACAACUUCCAGCCCAAACCUCAGGUGUUUUCUCACAGCCAAACCCAGAGUCAAGUCCUGAGAUCAGCUUUUUAUCCAGUCAGCACGGCCUCUCAGCCCCUGGAAAUCCAGCAACCUCUGCAUCAAGGGUACACAGUGAGGAGCUACACACCUACAGAGACCCAUCCCGCCCGGCAACAGGACACAGUCAAGGUCAACAGGAAGUACAGCCUGACUGAGAGGGACUACCCAAGCUGGAGGUGGGAGCCCAGACCACCAGAGAGCAUCAGUCAGUACCAACACUACCCCCACCAGGGUCGAUGGGGCCUCAGACAAUUUGAUGACAGCAGCAGUGACCGUAAUGGAUACACCUUCGCUCCUCCUUCGGCUCGUCUUUUAAGAGCCAUGUCUGAAAACGACCUCCACUUCGACAGCAGCCACCGCUGGUUGCCAUCAGUUUCUGUGGCAUCCAGCCAGACACUGUGCGAGGUGGAGGAAGGAGCAGGUGGCGUCAGAGGAGGAGACGCAGCAAAUGCUGCCAAGGAAAAUAGGAAGAAGACGCCACCUCCUCCGAGACCACCGCCCCCAAAGUUGGAGCAGUUCCACCGCAGGCGUGCAUCUCACCACACCCUCUUCUCCACCUCUUCUUCCUCUGCUGCUUUGCACUCCAGCCCUCCAUCUUUUGAAACCCCGGAGGGGCACUAUUCGACUCACUCCUCAUACAUCCCAUCACUUGAAAUAUCCAGGCAGAGGUCUUAUAGUCUUCCUCCAGAGAGGCAGGAAGUGUCAGAGGGUUGCCCUCGUUGUAGAUGCAACCAAUCUCAAACCCAGGAACGCACAUUUGCCCACACCUCAUCCCCUCAGAAUCAACCACAGCUGCAGGAGCACCAGCCGUUUUCCCACUUUCCACCCAAUCAGUCUCAGGCCCAGUUUCAGGAACAGCCCUUUACUGUUACUCCACCCAGCCCGAUGUUCUCCAGGAGAACCUUCAGACCUGUGGACCCGCCCAAGAGAGAAAAGGAAGGGAACAUGAGGAGCACGUAUAGAGGGCAACAGGAGAGGGUGGAAGUUUUGUCAACUCAGCCUCUACCUCCACCACCACCACCAGAGACCAGUGUGAGCAGCAGUUUUCCUGAGAUACGUGUCAGCCGCGGCCCUGAACAGGACAGAAUGUCAGUAAGACAACACAAGCAGCAGCACAGCAUGAGACCCGGAACUGAGAAGGAGAGACCACCAUCUUCCAGGACUCAUAGUGACACAGCACAUCUUCCUGCUGUAGAAAAUGGAGGCGUUGAAUCCUACUUUCCUGUAGACUGUGAACAGCAGCAGCAACAGCUCUGCAUGAACAGAGGCUUCCAGAGCGUCGAGCAGCACAAGAGUCAUGAACUCGGAACAGAAUCUGAAACUACCCUCAGUCCGAGUCCUGCGCAGAGCCUGGAGGCUGACCUCGACGUCCCCAUUGAAACGGACAUAGAUGAUUUCCAGGAGGAAGAGCUUCCAGCAGAGGACGAACCGAUCACCAGCGAGCUCCCGUGCUUUGCGCUGCCAGUUACGGUCCUGGAGACGGAUAUCGACAGCUUACCACAUUCUGAGGGCUCACCACUGGGCAGGACGAGGGCAGAAAGCAGCUCUCUGGAGGAGGAGCUGGAGGCCAGGGAGAGCAGUAGAGAGCGCCUGAGCCUGGAGGAGCUCUUCCCCCAGAGCAGCGAGGGAGAGCUGGGCAUGGAAAGCUGGAGAGGAGCCUAUCACAGCAUGGAGCACAACACUGACAGCUUAGAUAGGAGGUCAGGUGCGAGCUCCAGCUGUUCAUCCUAUUACAGCACAUCGGCAGCCAAGGCGCAGCUUCUGUCGCGGAUGAAGGACUUCACUGAUAAUAGAGAGAGGGACGAGGAUGACGAACUGACUUACAAGACCAAUUCUCCCGCUGUUGAGCAGAAACAGCUGAUGGAGAGCCUCCGCAAGAAGCUGGCAGUGCUGAGAGAAGCUCAGAGGGGGCUGCAGGAGGACAUCAGAGCCAACUCACAGCUGGGCGAGGAGGUGGAGAGCAUGGUGGUGUCGGCGUGUAAGCCCAAUGAGGUGGACAAGUUUCGCAUGUUCAUUGGCGACCUGGACAAGGUGGUCAGCCUCCUGCUCUCGCUGUCCGGGAGGCUGCUGAGGGUGGAGGCCACACUGGAUGCACUGGACCCCGAGACUGAGCACCAUGAGAGGCCCCCCCUGCUGGAGAAGAAACGUCAGCUCAUGAGGCAGCUGUCAGAAGCUCAGGACCUGAAGGACCACGUCGACCGCAGAGAGCAGGCUGUCAGCCGGGUGUUGGCCGGCUGCUUCACCCCUGAACAGCACAGAGACUACAGCCACUUUGUGAAGAUGAAGGCCGCCCUGCUGGUGGAGCAGAGGCAGCUGGAGGACAAGAUUCGGCUGGGCGAGGAGCAGCUGAGGGGCCUGAGGGAGAGUCUGGGGCUGGGGCUGGGGCUAGGAAUCGGCAUUGGAAUGUCAGUGGGGUACGGACAUUAUUGACACACACGCACAAAAAAGUCCCAUUCAGUUUGAGUCCGUUUUAAGACCAGAAACAAAGGGGGUUGAGACAAAAUGAAAACUAGAGCAAGUGCAGAGCAACCAGUGUCCAGUUUAGAUUAAAACAAGUAAACAUACAUUGUAAAAUGUUUGUUGUAAGUUUCUUAAAGGAAUAGUUUGACAUUUUGGUAAAUACGUUCACUUUGUUGCCGAGAGCUAUAUGAGAAGACUGACUGCCAUAUAUAUAAAUAGCUACAGCCAGCUAGCUUAGCUUUGCACAUAGCAGGGAGAUGGGUAAAGACUGGUUUUGUCCAAAGGUAUCUAACUCUGUCUACCAGCGCCUCAAAAACUCAGUAUUUAUAUCAUUAUAUCUCUUUCUACAGAGGUGCUAUGUGCCAGGAUGUUUGUUGACUUGGCACAGGCCUAAGCUAACCAUCUCCUGGCUGUAGCUUCAUAUUUAGCAUCCCAAAAUGUCAAACAGUUCCUUUGAGGAUUAGUAAAGAUAUUGAUCCAAACCAACAGCUGAAACAACAGAAGCUCAAGUGGAAGGUGUCAAAAACAAAAAAGACUGAACAUUAAGAAGCAGAGGAAAGUUGAAUCCACAGAAGCUUCUUCAGUUUACGCUCCACUCUGUUCUGAAGUAAUCUUCAUUAACUAGAUAAAUCUGAUCAACCUAAUACUGUGCAGCAGAAACACGUUGACAACUAAUCGCCAGAGCUGUGAUUUGAUCACAGAGAGAACAUUGGAAAAGGGAGUGACUGGAUUACUGACAUCCUGACAGCCAAAGAAGAUGAUCAAAACCUGAAGGAGGGAUUCACACUGAGGCUGCCGCUACACUUCACAAGUCAAAAUUACAAAAAUAAAGCCUGUUUAUCACAUUGUGGAUGCCACAGUGCGGAUUUAAAAUGUUGCCCUUUGCUUCACAUUUUGUGCUGUAAAACUGUACUCGUGAUACCACACUACUAUUCUCAACAGAAUCACACUAAGUUGCCAAAGACAUUUUUGCUUGAUGAAUGUGUCACUGAUACGCUGC